ACUAUAUUUAUAGUACAUAUACGGAUUUUAUUAAGUCGAUUCUGGCAGCGAUGGCACUACCACAGAAGCCAAUAGUCAUACUGAAUACACCAGGAGAAAUUAGCACCAUUUUGACUUUUGCACUGUCCCAUGAUAUUUCAUAUCAUGCUAUCUCGUUUCAAUCCAUUUGUUUCAUUUUCUUCCGAAAAGAUUAUAAUCUCAAAUAAAUCAAAUUCAUCUCAUUUCGUUCCAUUACUUAUUAUUUUUCAGAAAAGUUUUAUACCGUACUUGAUGCUACGCACACUGCUUGCUAAACAUACUGAAGUAUGAAACCUAAGGUCUACUAUAGCUCAACAGCAAUGGCAUUGCAAGAAGAUAAUUGCCAUAAUAGAAAAAAAGAAGAUAAGAGUUUGUCAUAGAUUAUACUAAUAUUUAAAUUGCGCUGAGUGAGCGAGUUUAUCAUUGCUUUCUUCUUUCUUCGAAAUUUAGUGUGAAGUUAAUCAGUAAAACAUGGACUUAGUGUUGAGAAUUUAGAUACAAACUGAAUGUAGCCCAUAAUGUUUAAAAAUGAAAUGUUUACAAAAUAAUGAAUACAGUUCAAAAUAAUGAGUGAUACAAUACAUGUUCUAGGAUAGUAAUUGCUACAGUUGAAUAGGACUUGUGUAAUUCUUCAUAAAAAUGGAAGACAGCAAUAUAAAAUGUCCUGUUUGUUGCGAUAGGACUUUUGAUUCUAAGAGUACACUGCUAGAACAUUUGAUUAAUAUUUUGAAAAACUUAUACUGUCCCAUUUGUGAUAAUAAACAAGCGACACUAGUACAUCUAGUUGAUCAUCUAACCCAAAAUGAUUGUCAAAAAGAAAAGGAAGAAUUAAAAGAAUUUUCGGUCAUACUACAAGAUCAAACUGAUAAUAUUAAAAACGAACAUUUCGAAGUAUUAUCAAGUGAAACUGUUGACCAAUCUGCUAAAGGUAACACAACACCAACACAUGCAUUAGAUGCUCAAAUAGAUGGGAAUGAUGUUGGUAAGAUGUAUGUUGAAUUAAUUGGUAAGGAGUUGAUGAAACCUUGCCUCCAAACUCAGGAGUUGAAAUUAGUAAAAGAAGAUGGAGAAAGUCGAUACAUGAUUAUAACUCAUCCAACCAACCGUAACAUAGAAAACACUAUUGUAACUAAGCAGAACAAUGAUGGAACUAUUUCUUUAACAGUUAAAGAUGUAGUGGGAGAAUCAGACAACUUAACUGCAUUGAGAGUAGAAGAAAAAGAAUUGAAUCAAGAAGAGAAUAUAUAUAGCUGCAAUACUUGUGGAGUAUCAUUCUCAUCUGUACUAGAACACAUACAAAACUAUCAUAAUGAUCAGGAGGUUGUAGUUGAAGAACCAAUAGAUGAAGUAGAAAAUAAAUUAACAUAUGACCCAAUGCAAACUGAAGAUGAAAAUGGGCAAGACAAACAAAUAUCACGAAGGGUGAUCACAGAAACUGGAGAUAUUCUUGAAGCACCAUUAUUGACAAAUUCAAAUCCGUUAAUGUCUGAAGAACCUAUAGAAGAUCCAUUAGCAGAUAGCAGUGAACUAUCGUCGCUGUUAAAUAACCAGUCGGAGUUUACGUCAAAAAUUGUAUUGAUUGAAGAUCUUGAAAAUACAAUGGAAGAAGAAAAGCAGGAUAAGCCCCUUGCUUGCCAUAAAGUGGUAGUGAAAGCUAUAAAGCUACAAAAUGGAGAUUUGGCCAAGAUGUACUAUUGUAAGUCUUGCAUGAUAUAUGUGCCAAAUAUCAAUGACUUCAAAUCGAAACCAUGCAAGAUCUUGAAGUACGCAUGUCCGCAUUGUUCAGCCGUAUAUGAGAAUUCGAAAUCACUACAUGCACAUAUGAAAAUUCAUAAACCAAAACAAGAUAAUAAUGCAGAAGCACCGUUGACAUAUGAAUGUGAACUAUGUUGCACGGUGUUUUCAACUAAUAAAUCGUUGAAACUACACAAACGGAUGCACGAUCCACAAAAAGCCCGCCCCAUUGAGCUUCCCGUGAACAGCAAGGACGGUACCGAGUCGUCAGGCAAACGGUUCUUGUGCCGCGUGUGCAAUAAACUAAUACCAAUCGAAUAUUUGACCGUCCAUCAGAAUUCUCAUAAAACGAACAACAUGUUCAACUGCAGUAUCUGCAACAAGAAGUUCAACUCAAACGAGUAUCUAGAGAUGCAUAUGAACGUACAUAAUUUAGAAAAGGUAACGGUAAACAAACAGGACAAAUCGCUUCCGUACAAUUGUCUUUAUUGCCACAGAAGGUUCGCCAGACCGCACGAGAAGGUCAAACAUGAGAGGAUACACACAGGCGAGAAGCCCCACUCAUGUGAGAUAUGCGGGAAAUCUUUCAGAGUCUCGUACUGCCUCACGCUGCACAUGCGCACGCACACCGGAGCUAGACCCUACGAAUGUCCGCAUUGUGGGAAAAGGUUUAAAGCGCACAGCGUGUACAACCACCAUUUGCUGACCCACUCCGACGUCAGAGCCUACAAGUGUCCUUACUGUCCUAAAGCGUUCAAGACAUCGGUGCAACUCGCCGGACAUAAAAAUUCUCACACGAAGCCGUUUUCGUGUCAGCACUGUAACAGGCCCUUCGCAUCGCUGUACGCCGUCCGAGUGCACACGGAGACGCACUUGCGCCAGAACAACUUGAAGUUCUCGUGCUCGUUGUGCGGCGCCAGUUACGCGCGAGCCUUCGCCCUCAACGACCACAUGAAGCAAGCGCACAAGGCGGUCGUCAACCCCACCGAGGCCUUGACGGUCAAUGACGAUAAGUGGGUCAUCAUAAGCGACACAGAGGACAUACAAGAUCUGAACAAGGAUCUGUCACAAGACGUAUCAGACCUCGGAAUCGGCGCAGACACAUUAAUAAUUCCUUAAACGUGUCAAAAAUUACAUUUAAAAGUUCCAUAUUUGUUUUUUAUAUUUAUAACAAAAUCAAAAUUUAAUCAAAAUAACUCAAUCAAAUUUCAUUUCAUAUAUAUAUAAAUAUGUGGUUUUCUUAUAUUUUUACCGUUACAUUAAAAUGUAUAUAAUUAGGUAGUCAAUAUUUGCAAUAUUUUUUAUGAGACUUAGUAAUCAAUUGGAAAAGUGAAUGAAAAUAGCAACGUAUAAUUAACUUUUACCUAUUUUUUAAAAUAAAAUAUUAAAAUACAGAUAAUUUAGGUUAGAAUUAGUGAUUACAAAUUUUGAGUAUCCUGUAUAAAAAAAUUAUGGACGCGAAUCUGUAAAGUGAUUGUGAAUGAAGUGUUUUUCAUUAUUUAUUUGUUGUUCGCAAGGGCUAGGUAUGAUUAUAAAUCCAGCCGUCUCUGCGACUCACGUGGUUCUAUUAUGACAGCCUCAGGGUGCUAAAUAUCCCUCCAAAUCCAGCAUAAACUGGACUAUCCUUCACGUGCAAAGAAAAUAAAUACUCAAUGAAGACUACGUAUUUUAUGCUGCCUAACGUGCAGCAGUCACAAAUAGGCUUCCCCUCCUCACAAUAUUUCCAGACUGGAUCAGCUGCGAAAUCCAGCUGUUUCAUAUGCCUUCGCAACUUCCAAAGAAAUCACUAGAACUCUCAAUUGAGGCCGUCAGUGUAAAAGUGGCCUAACCCAGAAUUGUUCAUAUUCGUGCUUAUAUAUUGCAAUUUCUUUAAAACAUAAUAAAAUUGGAUGCAAAAACGGUUAUCCCUAGUUUCACACAUCGAUAACAGAUUGCCUUGUAAACAUUAUUUUUGCGCGAAUGAGUUUUGGCUACGAAGUAAAUGUUAAUUCAUAUCUCAUUAUCUGCAUACUAUGGUAAGCUUAGGUCACUUUUACCGUAACCCCUACAGACUACUUCCCGAGCGUUUUAAGCGUCGAAUCGAAUGGCUUAGACAUAAAGUUUUCCUAGUGUUCUUUACCAGAAUCCGAUUUCAAUACAUGCGCAGGCGUUCAAUUCAUAGUGUGCUGCGGAGGUGUCUUUACGCCGACCCUGUUCAAUUUGUUCACAAUUUAUUGUUCAAACCCUCUCGGUGGAAGACCUUUUCUUUGUGGUUCACUAUACCUUCCACUAACCACUGACCCCUUUUUUCCCUACCUAUGCUGAUAGCCUUAAGAGGCUAUAUCAGCUUCUCCCUGACAUGUAGGGGAGCUCACGGGGCUCAAACCGGGUGUGUUGCUAACACUGAGCAUCGGAUCAGAAACGUGACCGGUGCUUGUGGUACCUAAAAGCACCGUUAAUAGAUCGGGAGGAUCCGUAAUAACGUGUUUAGGGCGACGUCGACUGUUUACCAUUCGGUCUACGGGAUCGGGUGUGAGGACCCCUGAUAUCCAAUAGGUUAGUUGGUUUUUGCGACGAUUUAGAGAUAUGUGCAUUUAAAUUAAAAUUGUUCCACAUUCAAUAUCCUCCAGUCAGUGAACAACGAGAUAAGACGCGCACUCACACAAAUCAUUGGCCUCAAAUUGAUGACGUAGGAGACGUUUAUGACGUCAGCGCUCUGAUCGAACCUUACCGUUUAACAUUCACCAAUAAUUAGGGAUUUUCUAGGAUAAAUUUAAUUAUCAGCUUACUUUAAUAUUAAUGUAUUCAGAAUUGGCAGCAGAAUAUAUUUUUAUUUAUUUAAAUUUAUAAAAAAUGAUGUAUACCACAAAAUGCAUUUGAAUUACAAUUUAUUUCAUAUAAUAUAAUAACAUAAAACAACGUAAGUAUGAAUUUUGUUAAAAUAAAACUUGAUCUCUGAACCUUUACGUUGCAACUAUAAUUUAUUGUCAGUCAAAUAAUGAUUUUUGUUCAGAGCUAAGUCGGAUCCGACUUGGGUGAUUUAGAUUUGAAGGCCACCGCGCCACGAGAUCGUUUUUUUUUUGUGUGCCCGUAUAUAACUGAUACAACAAGGACAAAUCUAAUGUUUUCAAAAUAAUAUGAAAUAUAAUAGAUACAUAGACUCGAAAGACAUUGCCCACUUUCGGCACUCGUGUAAAAAAACGCAUUUAAUAAAGAACCCUAACAACAGAUAAUCUGUAUUAAAACAAUAACGAAACAAAUCCUAUUUUUUGAAAUUACAUUUAAGAUUUAAUUUGUAAUUUCGUAAAAAACUGGUGUUCGAAUAUUUUUUUACGUUUUGCUUAUGUGGUCAGACUAAAUAGACAGAUUUAAAUGACUCGGAAAUUGUGAAAUUAAAAUAUUAAACGUGAGAUUAAUCUGUAAAAGUGUUGCAGUUUUAAUUAUGAUGAUCGUAACCAUGGCUCGCGAAAAUCAAUAAUUAACAAUUGCCAAUAACUGUAUUACAUUUAAACUGUAUGAAAUUUAUGAACUGAAAUAAUUGAAUAAAAUAUAUCAUGUUAUUUUUGUGUAAACAAGUUAUCGAUGCUAGUUUCAUUCGCUUACGAAAAAAAGAUACUAGGAAUAGUCCAGGGGUUGACCUAGUGAGUUGUGAUGUCACGUUAAUAAAAGUAUGGAAAUAUAAAA